UAUUUGUCCAGACAUCACAUGUACUCUGAAACCACAACCAGCACAUCAAGUGAAUUCACUUUGAUGGUUCCAAGCUUCUUCUGUCAGGAAGUCAAUUUUACUAUCUAGUAAGUUAUUGAGUAACAGAACUGUACUUGACAUUUGAUAACGAACUGCUUAAAGAACCGAACAGUGUGUAUUAGGGCAUGACAAGCUCAGCUCGGGACAGUUGAGAGUAUUUUAUUCAGUGAGUCUUGGGAGCCUUUGACAACAUGGGGGUAGCUCGUGGACUACAGUGUGUGACACUAUUCCACAUCCUGCUGUGCUGUGCAUCUCUUCCUCAUACAGUAAUGGAGUUUGCUAUCCAGCACACCUGGGAUAGCAAUCCUGUGAAUCAUGAUCCUAUCAGGAUCGUUUUCUCUCCUGGACAAGGAGGGCUGAAGAUGGAGGUCUUUGGUCCCUUCUUCAAUGACCCAGCAGCUCCUGCAGGGCCCCCAAGUCAGCCUUUUCCUGGACUCUGGGAUUAUGAAGUUGUUGAGUCCUUCUUCCUUGACAGUACUACAGAAAAUUACCUGGAAGUGGAGCUUUGUCCACAUGGACAACACCUGAUAUUAUUGCUGUCAGGAGUCGGUCAAGCAUUUAUGCAACAACUGCCCAUGGUGUUUAAUGCCACAAUCAGAGGGGACAGGUGGAUGGGUGAGGCUCUCCUCCCGUGGUCGUACUUCCCUCCCAAUGUUAACAAGAUGAACUCCUACGCCAUCCAUGGCUCAGGGGAGAAGCGUACAUAUGAGGCUCUCUACCCUAUUCCCAAGGCAGAGAUAGUGGAAAGCCAGAAACCUAACUUCCACCGCCUGGAGUACUUCAAAGAUUUCCGCCUGCAAAGCAUCAUGGGAGAAGACUGGGUCCAGCUACAGUCUGAUCUGUGGAGAGGAAAACCCUGAGCUUUUCAAAUUCACUCCCUUUUCCCUCUUGCUGUCUCUCUCUUGCAUGCACAGACAUGCAAACACCUCUGUGGCAGGGCCCUAGUACAAACACUCAUUGCCAGGGAACAAAGGGCAAUCAAUCUUUAUUAGUUAAUGAUGUCAAACGAUAUGACAAGAAAUAUGUUAUCGGCUUGUCAGAGCGCAUUAGCCUUCACACACAUUCAUGCGAGCACACAGACACACACAUCACAAGCUAUUGCACGUCACCAAAUAUUGCCUCGGGAGAGUGUGACCUACAGCGGUUAGAGUGUGGAUGGUGGCAAGGACUGCUCACUUUGACCUUCAGCUCCUGUGUAGCUUGUGCUUUUCACUUCUUUUUUUUUUUUCUCGCUUUUUAGUGACAUAAACACAGCAGACUCUUGUGAUUCUUUUCCCUGUUAAGGGACACACACACAUAAUCAUACAGACCAUUAUAGUGAAAAAUAUGUUCUUUGGAGACACAUGCUUGAGCUUUUGAAUUAACGUUGAACUGUAAUUUAAUCAUUUUUCAAUCAUUCCACUGCCUUUAUUGAUUUCCUUUUACAAUUAAAUAUGUUGUCAAGUGUAUAGUUCUUUUUGGCUGGACUGGCCACAGGCCAGCGCUGCAUCUGUGAAUGUUUGUGACUGAGUGAAGAAGUUACACCAUU